CGGCCAGGGACAGGCAGGAGUUGGGAGUGUUGGGUGGAAGUGUCCGGAGGUUGGUGAUAGCUGGGCAGAGUGAGGGGACACCGGGGAAGGCUGGACCAAGGGCAGCUUACGGUGCAGAAAAAAAAAACAUUUCCGGAGAGGAGAGGUGAACCCCCAAAAAGUGCAUCACUCUCCUAAAGCCCUGAGCUCCCUCUGCAAGCAGUGUCAGGAAAGCAAUCCAACAGAAUCUGUACCCCAAAGAGCAGAGCGUUGUGCUGAGCUUGCUCACAUAGGGUGUGUGCCCCCUUUUAGUGGGGCUUAGUAGUGCAACCUACCCCUCUUUUGGGGUUAUUUUUUUUAACCCUUGUGGAUAUACCUCACCAGCACCACCAUGCCUGUGUUCCACACCAAAACCAUCGAGAGCAUCUUGGAGCCAGUGGCCCAGCAGAUCUCCCACCUGGUCAUCAUGCAUGAAGAAGGGGAGGUGGAUGGCAAGGCCAUACCUGAGCUCACAGCCCCUGUGGCUGCAGUGCAGGCAGCUGUCAGCAACCUUGUGAGGGUUGGGAAGGAGACUGUGCAGACUACAGAAGAUCAGAUUAUGAAGCGGGAUAUGCCUCCUGCAUUCAUCAAGGUAGAAAAUGCCUGUGCUAAGCUUGUCCAGGCAGCCCAGAUGCUGCACGCAGAUCCAUACUCGGUCCCGGCUCGUGACUACCUCAUUGAUGGGUCCCGAGGAAUUCUUUCUGGCACCUCAGACCUUCUGCUGACCUUUGAUGAAGCUGAGGUAAGAAAAAUAAUCAGAGUAUGCAAAGGAAUUCUGGAGUAUCUGACGGUAGCUGAAGUUGUGGAGAGCAUGGAGGAUCUUGUCACAUACACUAAGAAUUUGGGGCCUGGUAUGACCAAGAUGGCGAAAAUGAUCGAUGAGCGUCAACAGGAAUUAACCCAUCAGGAGCAUCGUGUCAUGCUUGUAAAUUCAAUGAACACUGUAAAGGAUCUGUUGCCCGUCUUAAUCUCAGCCAUGAAGAUCUUUGUGACAACUAAAAACUCCCGUAGCCAGGGUAUCGAGGAAGCGCUGAAAAACCGCAACUUUACUGUCGAGAAAAUGAGUACAGAAAUUAAUGAAAUUAUCAGAGUGCUGCAACUUACUUCCUGGGAUGAAGACGCUUGGGCUAGCAAGGAUACUGAGGCCAUGAAGAGGGCACUUGCCCAGAUUGAUUCAAAGUUGAACCAGGCAAAGGGUUGGCUUCGAGACCCUAACGCCCCUCCAGGUGAUGCAGGAGAACAGGCAGUGCGCCAGAUACUGGAUGAGGCAGGCAAGGUUGGGGAAUUGUGUGCUGGCAAAGAGAGGAGGGACAUCCUGGGCACUUGUAGAACACUUGGACAGAUGACGGAUCAAGUGGCUGAUCUCAGGGCCAGGGGUCAAGGAGCCACUCCAGUUGCCAUGCAGAAAGCUCAGCAGGUGUCGCAGGGACUUGAUGCCCUAACGUCCAGAGUAGAAAAUGCCGCUCGCAAGCUGGAAGCUCUGACCAACUCAAAGCAGGCUGUGGGCAAGAGGAUUGAUGCAGCCCAGAGCUGGCUAGCUGAUCCCAAUGGUGGCCCUGAAGGAGAGGAGAAUAUCAGAGGCAUCCUGGCUGAAGCAAGGAAGAUUGCAGAGCUAUGUGAGGACCCCAAGGACAGAGAUGAUAUCCUGAGAUCGCUGGGGGAGAUUGGAGCUCUCACUGCCAAGCUUACUGACCUUCGCAGACAAGGUAAAGGAGACACACCUGAGGCUCGUGCAUUGGCCAAGCAGAUAGCCACCUCCUUGCAGAACCUACAGACCAAGGUGAACCGUGCUGUGGCAAACAGCCGCCCAGUGAAGGCUGCAAUAAAUAUGGAGGGGAAGGUGGAGCAGGCCCAGCGUUGGAUAGAUAACCCUUCUGUGGAUGACAGGGGAGUGGGUCAAGCAGCCAUACGUGGUUUGGUGGCAGAAGGACGCCGUUUGGCUAAUUCUAUGAUGGGACCAUAUCGCCAGGAUAUGUUGGCAAGAUGUGACCGGGUGGAGCAAUUGGCAGGACAGCUGGCUGAACUGACUGCCCGCGGGGAGGGCGAUACACCUCAGGCACGGGCUGUGGCAGCACAACUACAGGAAGCACUCAAGGAUUUGAAGGGGAAGAUGCAAGAAGCGAUGACUCAAGAAGUGUCUGAUAUAUUCAGUGACACAACUACCCCGAUUAAACUCCUGGCUGUGGCGGCUACAUCACCUCCAGAUGCUCCAAACAGACAAGAGGUCUUUGAAGAGCGGGCGGCACAUUUUGAGAACCACGCAGCCAGGCUGGGCGCAACUGCUGAAAAGGCUGCGGCUGUGGGAGCGGCUAACAAAGCUACUGUGGAAGGAAUACAGAUUGCUGUGAAGUCUGCCAGAGAGUUAACGCCCCAGGUAGUAUCUGCUGCUCGUAUCCUGCUGUGUAACCCAGGAAACCAGGCUGCAUAUGAGCACUUUGAGACUAUGAAGAACCAGUGGAUUGAUAAUGUUGAAAAAAUGACCGGCCUGGUUGAUGAAGCCAUUGACACUAGAUCCCUACUGGAUGCUUCUGAAGAAGCCAUAAAGAAGGACAUUGAUAAAUGCAAGGUAGCCAUGGCUAAUAUGCAGCCCCAGAUGCUGGUUGCCGGAGCCACCAGUAUUGCACGGCGGGCAAAUCGUAUCUUGCUGGUAGCUAAGAGAGAGGUGGAAAACUCUGAAGACCCAAAAUUCCGUGAGGCUGUUAAGGCAGCAUCUGAUGAGCUUAGCAAGACCAUCUCCCCUAUGGUCAUGGAGGCUAAAGCUGUUGCUGGGAACAUCUCUAAUCCUGCCCUGCAGAAGGGAUUCCUGGAUUCUGGGUACAGGAUUCUGGGAGCUGUAGCCAAGGUGAGAGAAGCAUUUCAGCCACCCGAGCCAGAAUUUCCUCCUCCUCCACCUGACUUGGAACAUCUGCGGCUCACAGAUGAUGCCGCUCCUCCAAAGCCCCCACUUCCUGAAGGGGAGGUUCCUCCACCAAGACCACCACCCCCUGAGGAGAAAGACGAGGAAUUCCCUGAGGAGACACAAGGGGAGGCUGUGAACGAGCCUAUUCUGGUAGCUGCAAGACAACUUCACGAAGAAGCUCGUAAAUGGUCGAGCAAGUCACCAGGAAGCCCUGCUCCUCCUACCCCGCAUGGUAGAGAAGCCGUUGUGUCUGAGGUAGAACAGGAGCAUGAGGAAGAGGAGGAGGAGGCGUCAGUGGAUUUUGCCCUCUCCUCUGACAUGGAAGAUGAUUAUGAGCCAGAGCUGCUGUUAGUGCCCGAGGGGCAGCCUGUAAACCAGCCCAUGCUGGCAGCAGCUCAGUCUUUGCAUCGGGAGGCUACCAAAUGGUCCAGUAAGGGCAAUGAUAUUAUUGGUGCAGCGAAACGCAUGGCUCUUCUUAUGGCAGAGAUGUCACGGCUGGUGAGAGGAGGCAGUGGAAACAAGAGAGCCCUUAUCCAGUGUGCUAAAGAUAUUGCCAAGGCCUCAGAUGAGGUGACCCGACUUGCUAAGGAGGUAGCGAAGCAAUGCACAGAUAAAAGGAUCCGAACCAACCUACUACAGGUUUGUGAGCGUAUCCCGACCAUAAGUACUCAGCUGAAGAUCCUUAGCACUGUCAAAGCCACUAUGCUUGGGAGGACCAACAUCAGUGAAGAGGAGUCUGAGCAGGCAACAGAAAUGCUUGUUCAUAAUGCGCAGAACUUGAUGCAGUCUGUGAAAGAGACAGUGAGAGAAGCAGAGGCUGCUUCCAUUAAAAUCCGGACAGAUGCUGGAUUUACUCUGCGUUGGGCUCGAAAAACCCCUUGGUACCAGUAACGCCUGUAUCAGCCCUAAAUUAGCCACCCGUGUACAAAGCACACUAAUACCUUGUACUUCUCAUAAGAACAGAUGAUGAAUAACCUCACCACUGCUUAUUAAGCAAGCCUGAAGAUAAUGCGCCUUUUUAUUGGUAUUGUUUUGUCUGUUACACACAGGCUCCUCCUUCAGCGAUAUGGUUGAAUCACUUUUUUUUUUUUUUUCAAUUUUUAUGGGUUCCAAUAUAUUAAUCUCCUAAAAAAUAUUCUGUAAGAAACCGUUUAACGAAAUGUUAAUGUGGUUCUUUACGAAAAAGCAACAUUUUUCUUUUUUUUUUCCUUAUAAACUUGCCCUAUUUGUCAUAUAGUUUAGGCUUUAUUUAAUAUUCUUAAUGUCACAUUCACCACGUUGCCUUUAUAUACACUGUAAGUUUUUUGUUAUUCCUUUUUUUUUACGGGCUUCACUUUUAAGUGUAAAACACUAAACUUUAGCGACAUUUUUCUUUUUCAUGGUGGCGCUAAACUGUGAGGCAAAGACCCUCACAUUAUCAUACUAUGCAGAUUAGGGGGAAGUGUCUUGUUAACAAUCUCUGAUUAAGUGGUCUUUUGAGUUGGAGAGGAAUUAUAUGAAUGUAUAAUGUUUGCAUGACUCGCAUUGUAUGGUUUAAUGCCACGAGAAAUGGUGCUAAUCCUUUCUGGCGGUCUCCCAAAAUUUUAAAGAUUUGUAGGGAGUCCAAAAAACAACAACAAAAACAAAGGAGGGGUUGAAUAAAGGAUUGAGCAUUUUUUUCAUAAAUGUGCAAAAAUCUAUACUCGCAUCCGAUGUAUGUUCUAAAAACCACACUUAAUGCAUGACAGUUUAUAAAGAAGUAUCACAUAUAUAUUUUAUUAAUCACUAAUUAUUGCUGCUGGUCAUUAGCAUUACAGAAAAAGGUAUUAAAGCAAUUAGAUUUUGUCUUUGGGAGCUUAUUCACGAGUAAACUGUAAAACACAACCUUUUUUAUUUUAAAAAGCAUAAAAAAUACAACACUAUCAAUGUAGCAAAUGUUAAUGUAGGAGGCCCAGUUGUUCACAUUUUGGACCACGAUCUUUAACUCUCCAUACAGAAGUUAACUCAAAGACUGUUGAAGGAGCUGUGAAUGUAUUAUUGUUAUAGCUCUACAAAUGUUCUAAGUGGAGAUGACUGUAGAUUAAUUGUAAAUGUAUCAAGUUUAUAUGAGUCUCUUCAUCCUAUCCUAGAUUGUUUAAAAAAAUAAUAAGUUGCCUUAAGUUUUUAAGCUUCCAACUCUCACAUCUGAGCUUCUUGACCACCUGAAUUGAAGAACUGUCUUGAGAGCGGGGAAAAAGAUGUAGAGUAGAGAUGUAUGGUUGCUAAAUACUGUGUAAUGAAUGUAACUGCCCGACGCUGGUACAUAAGUUGGCAUCAUCUUGACCCGAAAGCUCUUAAGUGCAGUACUAGUUUACACUGUUUGACUUGAGUAUAUUGUUCCGAUGGAGAAUGCCAUUAUGCCUUUAACCCAUGCAAAAUUAAUUUAAGCCAAAGACCAUUUUUUUUAAAUGUAACAUUGUCUCAGCUGAUGGUGCCUACUUUAUUAGGGUCUACUUUGGCACUAAGGUAAAAUCCUUUGUAAUAAUAAAGAUUUAGUUUACUGGCAGAGGAUAAAACACAGAUUGUCACUGUUUCCAGUUUUGUUUUGUUACACCUGCCAUACACUGUGUCCCUGCAAUAGGCACCUCAGUUUGUAUCCAUUCACAGCUCUGUUAUGUUAAUGAGGGCUUAAAUGGCCUUAUUUCAUUUUUUUAUUUUUUUUUUGCCAUUACAAAAAAAAUAAUAAAAAAAAUUGUAUUAUU